GUGCCAAUCAAAUACUUCAUGGCUACCAAUUGGUUCGUGUUGGCUUUACGCCGCCUACCCUCGUAUAAUAUAAAUGUAAUCCACACAUCGCCGUCUUUUCUUGGUUCCUCCUGGUCAGCCGUAUCCCAUCGCUGGAAAACCCGUUCAGUCCACGCUAGCCAACUCAUCCUGCUGAAAUGUUGCCAAGAGUCUUCUUCGAUGUGACCCUUGACGGUAAACCCAUGGGCCGGAUUGUGAUGGAGCUCCGGGACGACGUGGUUCCCAAGACCGCUGAAAACUUCCGUGCCCUCUGCACUGGUGAGAAGGGCUUCGGUUACAAGGGCUCCAUCUUCCACCGCAUCAUCCCCGACUUCAUGUGCCAGGGUGGCGACUUCACCAACCACAACGGAACCGGUGGAAAGUCCAUCUAUGGCAACAAGUUUGGUGAUGAGAACUUCACCCUGAAGCACACCGGCGCCGGCAUCCUGUCCAUGGCCAACGCUGGACCAAACACCAACGGGUCCCAGUUCUUUAUCUGCACUGCCCAAACCACAUGGCUCGAUGGGAAGCACGUGGUGUUCGGCUCCGUGGUGGAGGGUUUGGACAUCGUAGCGGCGAUGGAGAAAAAAGGCAGCCAGAGCGGCAAAACCAAUGGCAAACUCGCCAUCGCCGACUGUGGGCAGCUUUGAGCUGGAGCACAUAACCCUUUCUGCUCAUCCUGUAGCCACACCCCUGUAGGCUCCUACCACCCCCUCCCCAUCGCCAUUCCACAUUCCUGUUGAUGGAGAUUCAAAUGACCCCCUUCCCUCUUGGUUUUUUUAUUCUGUUGUUGACAUCAUGUUGCUGCAUUUGUGACUUUGCCUUUGGAAGUUUCUUUUGCAUUAACGUUUAUUUCCACAAAGUCCCAACGAUUUUUUGUUAAGUCAAAAAAAUGAAGUAAAACUGAAAAGUUGCCUUGACAGCUGAAACGCGUCUGUUUUUUUAUUACAGAGAAACGUUCAACUUGUUAAAGAUUGUCUAAAAGAUAUACGAACAUCAUGGUCAGCAUUUUAGCAGACAUUGUAACUUCAUCACCACAGAACUUCCUCAUCCUGGUGAGUUAGAAGUGAAUGUCAGCAUAGUUUAGCCGUCCAUACAUGUGUGUAUUUUCACUGCUAUUCAUAUCCAUAGCUCUUUAAAAUGUUCCACAGAAUUAAGCAGCAAUAACAGAAAGGAUGUUAAUAAAAGUAUGCUGCUGGUUUGGAAACUGCCAGAGCUAACUUGCCAAUUUAACAUCUGCUCAGCCCAGAACAAAUAAAGUUGUGUCUUUACAGAAUAAAUCUCUGAAAAAGUU